AUGGCUCCCUCUGCGAUGCCUACUGUAUCAGCAGACCACAGCCCAAUUUCUUCAAAGCUUUCGACUAUCAAUGCUUCAGUACUACAUGGGCCCCAAGAUCUGCGGUUGGAGACUAGAACUAUUGAAGAGCCUGCUGCCGGCGAACUGCAGAUUGCAAUCCGGUCAACGGGCAUCUGUGGCUCUGAUGUUUCCUAUUACAAGAGGUUUGCCAACGGAGACCUCUGUGCCUGUGGCCCACUCUCUCUUGGCCAUGAGUCCUCUGGCACAGUCGUAGCCAUCGGCCAGGACGUAAAGGGCUUUGGCAUAGGUGACAGAGUUGCCCUAGAGGUUGGCAUUCCAUGCAGCCAAUGUAGCGUUUGCCGCAAAGGGCGGUAUAACCUGUGCAAGCGCAUGAGAUUCAGGAGCAGUGCCAAGAGCGUCCCGCACUUCCAAGGUACACUCCAGGAACGGAUCAACCAUCCAGCUAGGUGGUGCUACAAGCUUCCCGACCAUGUAUCAUUCGAUGCUGCUGCUCUCCUGGAGCCUUUAUCCGUCGCGCUCCAUGCAGUCAACCGGGCGUCGCCAGCUCCGGGGUCCUCAGCCUUGGUAACGGGUGCCGGCACUGUCGGGCUACUGACCGCUGCCAUGGCUCUUCGAGCUGGCUGUGCAAGUGUGACCAUCACAGAUGUUGACGAAGGGCGCGUCAACUAUGCUCUCAAGAAGGGCUUUGCCACACAUGGCUUUGUUGUGCCGAAGCCAUCUCAGGACUCCACCUACGGUUCAGCCUCCAACUCCGGUAUUACUACUCCGCAAAGCCAGGUGGAGGUGAAUGUCCGGACAGCGUCUAGUCUGCUCGCCAGUUCCAUCCAGGGACAGCUGCAGUACGCUAAAAGUCUGGCCGCUGAGGUCCUUGCUUUGACCAGGCCGCCACCGGAUCUCCAAGACGAAGACGAAGACGAGGGGGUCGACGUCACCUUUGAAUGUACGGGCAAAGAGAUUUGCAUGCACACCGGUCUGUAUGCGACCCGGCCGGGCGGCAAGCUCAUCAUGGUUGGUAUGGGCACUCCGAUCCAGACACUACCGAUAUCGGUCGCCCAUCUGAGGGAGAUAGACAUUCUUGGCAUCUUCCGCUACGCAAACACAUACGCUGCUGGCAUUCGGUUGCUCUGCUCAGCAAGCACCGCUGGUGGUGUUGGAGGGUUCCCAAGCCUGGAUGACAUGAUCACACAUCGCUUUAAAGGGCUCGAGGCUGCCAAGCAGGCCUUCGAGCUUGCUUGCCGGACAUCAGAUGACGACGGUAACCUCGUCAUCAAGGUUAUCAUUGAAGCCUGA